AAAUAAAAGCCAAGAAAUGCGUCAUUCUACAAACAAAGAACUGAUCCUUGGCAUCAUGGUGGGAACUGCUGGAAUCAGCUUGCUGGCCUUAUGGUACCACAAGGUCCGUAAGCCAAGGACAACAAUGCACUUGCCUAGAUUUCUUUCUCUGGGUAAGAAAUUCGAUUCACUAACUUGGCAAGAUGAAACGCCCAGUGAACAAGGAGCAUCCGUGGUCUUUCAGAGAAGGCAACUUCAGAUACUGGAAAAGUUAAACGAAUUACUGACCAACAUGGAAGAACUUAAGGAGGAAGUCAGAUUCCUUAAAGAAACAAUUCCAAAGCUGGAGGAAUAUCUACAAGAUGAACUUGGAGGGAAGGUAGCAGGUCACAAGAUCAGUCCUCAGCACAGAGCUAGGAAAAAAAGGCUGACAACGGUUCAACGUACAGCAACAAGUAAUAGUUCAGAGGAAGCAGAAAGUGAAGGAGGCUGCUGGAAAGAGGACCAGAGCUUACCACGAAAUUAUCCUGAACAUCUAGUUCCUCCACAACACCAGCCUCAUGGAUCCUCUUGUAUUUUACAACCGAAAAGAGCUCUGAGCUUCAUAACAUGUCAUCCUUCCUCAACAUGUAAGAUAAGUCGAAAAUUCUCUUCUUCGUCAGGUUCGUCUAGUCGCUUAUUCUUCGCGUGCGGAAGACAUAAUUUACUGGCAAGACUGCAGGGGAAAUGGAGGCAGCAGAGCCGAGUUAACUUUGAUUCUCAGGAAGACAUACCUUCCAGCGCCACAAGAUCUUCAGAGCGAGUUGGUUCCAUUCGAUCUCGGAGACAUUUUUCAUCCUGCAAGCUAAGUGUAGUUUCCUUUUACAGGAGUAGCACUCUCUAUGAGACUCCGCAAUGUAGUCUGAACCUGCCCCGUGCAAAGGAAAUGCAAGGCUUUUCCGAUACUCAAAAACGUAUAAGCUUCUCUGAACCGGAACAUGGCAGUAAGUGCUUUCCCAAUUUGGAAACAAAAGCCGUUUCUGCACGCUAUUGGACUGUUGACAGACCAUCUUACCCACCAAGCCUAACAUCAUCUCCCUUUUCUCUUCCAACGGUUAUGUCUUCUUCCAGUCAAGUAAAUGUAUCCGUUGCUGAUGGCCAGCUAACGAAGGAUUCAGAAGAUGCCCUUCACCUCAGGCCUCAUAGUCACAGUACAAAUUUCUCUCCAAGUGACGCGAAGCAGCAUCUGCUGCAGAGUAUAACUUCCACCAACCUCCCCAAGGACGGCUUUUCUCCAGUGUAUAAAAAUGUCAAUAGCUUAACUCUUGAAGUCACCUCACGCCCCUUUGAAGAAGAAGGCUUUGCUGCUUUGCCUCCAAAAGAAGAUCGACCUCCACCCAUUGAAAUGACUGGAAUAAGGUAUAUGACAGCUAACACUGACACAGAAGAACAGAGUUUCCCAGGCCCUAAGGCUUUUAACACGCACAUAGAGGAACUGAAGUUGGAUGUCCUCCUUCAGAAGGUAGACCUUUUACGGAUAAAUGAGUCUGACAAAGUGCAGAGUUUUGAGCUGCUUUGUGACCACAAAGAAAAGUUUAGUGAAGAGAUAGAGUUUCUGUGGCGGCUUGCCCGUGCCUAUGGAGACAUGUAUGACCAAUCUACAAAUACACAGGAAAAGAAACAUUAUGCUAAUAUUGGAAAAACGUUAGGAGAGAGAGCUAUCACUCGAGCACCCAUGAAUGGACACUGCCAUCUGUGGUAUGCAGUUUUAUGUGGUUAUGUAUCUGAGUUUGAGGGCUUGCAAAACAAAAUUAACUGUGGACAUCUAUUCAAGGAGCAUCUAGAUAUAGCCAUCCAGCUCUUACCUGAAGAACCCUUUUUGUAUUACCUCAAGGGAAGAUAUUGUUAUACUGUCUCAAAACUCAGCUGGAUUGAGAAAAAAAUGGCUGCCACUCUGUUCGGGCAAAUACCAUCGUCAACGGUUCAGGAAGCUUUGCAUAACUUUCUUAAGGCUGAAGAAUUGCAACCUGGUUAUUCUGUGUCCAACUACAUGUUCGUGGCCAAGUGUUACGUUGAUCUUGAGGAAUCUCAGGAUGCUUGGAAAUUCUGCAACUUGGCAUUGUUACUGCCUAUUGUUACCAAAGAGGACAAGGAUGCACACAAAGAGGUGAAAAAAAUAAUCUGUUCUUUGAAGAGGUAA